AUGACUGGGGUCGGACCCGUGCUGCGAUUCUGCCCAGAGAGCAACGACCUGCUGUACCCUCGCGAGGACAAGGAGCGCAAGAAGCUCGUCUACUUUUGCCGCUCCUGCCAAUACCAGGAGGACGCGGACCCCAAGGAGUGGUGCGUGUACCGCAACGAGGUGCAGCACACGUCGCGGGAGAAGUCGGUGGUGCUGCAGGAUGUGCGGUCGGACCCCACGCUGCCGCGCACCCGCGACGUGCGCUGCCCAGAGUGCGCCAACAACGAGGCCGUCUUCUUCACCUCCAGCACGGAGGAGGGCAUGACGCUCUACUUCUCCUGCUGCUCCUGCGGCCACCGCUGGCGGGACUACGUCUGA